AUGGGCAUGGACGUUGGAAAGUGCAUUGACCUGCACAAUUCCGUCAUCUCGCACGCUAGCUCCAAGCUCUCACCUUACCGACAGCCAAAAGUAGAACGCAGCUGGUUCGCCGCCCACUCCUUGGACGCAUCUUCGCCAGACCUCGACAUUGAAAUUGACGAUGACCUCACAGCAUUUCUCUCUGGCAUCGAUAUCGUCAUUCCUGAAGAUCAUCAGCACCUAGCCUUUACCCCGUUCUUGAAUGGCAUUUCAUCUCCCAAUGAAUUGCAGCCAGAUAUGUGGGAAGGUAUAGAUGAGUAUGAGGAUUUUAUCUUGCUGUAUAAGGGUAUGGGACAUGAUCCCAGUGGUCUCGUCUACAGUCGAGUUACCCAUCAAGUCUGCUUUGUCCGCGACCCCUUCGACGAGCCCCGCGAACGCAUGUGGGGCGAUCUUGAUGCGGUUUUGGAGCUUUAUUUGCAGUCGAUCGAGUCGGGCAAGUUCGUUGUUGAUGCAGAGCACCCUGGGUUUGGCGAUGGGGAUGGCCUUGUCACGCAGGGCUGGAGAGUGGCGGAGUGGACGGAGAAAGAGUUGGGGCAGGUACUUGAUAUUUGGGACAGUUUGGUGAAUACGAUCACUGCACGAUUACCGGAGUCUACCGCGGCGUCUGGUGGGAAAGAAGAUGAUGGCAAUGAAGCAUCCCAACCGAAGAAGAGGAGAAAAACGGAAAAUGUUGGUUUGAUUACUGUCGACAUCUUGAACAAGUAUCCUGCGAUACCGCCUUUUGCGCGCAUCUUCCUGUCUCAGGCAAAAAAGCCGCGCUUUACUUCUAUCGCGCCACAAUUGGAUGUCCCUAAUGAAGCCUUCAUCCACCGCGUGGGCGCUGAGCUACGAUCAAGGUACCCCGAUGCUUCUCUCGCUACUCCCCAGCAUGACCUCGUCGAUUGUCCAACCUUUCUGCUGUUUCCAUGGCGCACACCAGGCGUGCAACUUGUUUCGCAAGAUGAAAGAGACCGAUGGCAAUCUCCGCGACAAUCAAGUCUUUUAGACAACCGCGUCGGCCUCUAUCUUCUACCUGAUAUCAUCCACGCUCACGCCAGCACUCUGCUUCUACCUUUUCAGCUCGGUCAGAAAGGUCAUGUAGUGAUGGGGGAUGGGUCAACAGUAGAUAGACCGGCUCAGGACGCGUUGUAUCGACAUGGCGUAUGUAACCCUUUCAUGCCUGACCACGGUACACCGCUGGCUGCGAUUCUGGUGAAUUGGUAG